AUGGUCGCGUUGAGCGUCGACACCCCGUCGCCGCCGCUGAUGGCAACAAUGCAAACGCCGCUCACCUCACUUCCACCUCCGCCCGUCCAGCCACGCGUGCCACGCACGCCGAUUCGCAUCAUUGUGCUCUGUGACGGCACUGGUCAAGCGCGCAACUGGGUCAAAGCUACGCUCACGACCGCCGCACACCGACGUGGACAUCUGCCCGGCCUACACGCAUCGCUCGCCUCGCCCGAGGAAGGACACGACGACAGCACCAGCUCCGCAGCCACCGCAACAGCGACUGCAAAGGUUGAUCGAGGCGAUCUUGUCGAUGCAGCUGCGCGCAAACGCAAGAAGAAUUGCACCAAGUCGGCCAAAAAGGCAACAGCUGCAGGUGCAAAGCCGUCGCCUGCGGCUGCUUCGGGUGAGUUCUUCACCAACGUCGCACUUCUCGCCAAGUGCAUCUCGAACUCGAGCGGUAUCGGUGGCGUAAGCCCACCUCAGUCGCCUACCAUCGGCAGCAGCGAUGCUUCCAGUGUGAUGCCCCAGGUGGUCUUCUAUCAAUCAGGCGUCGGUACGGGCACCGGAAAGAUCCGCAACAUCUUCGACCAAGGUACCGGCCUGUCUUUGGGCAGCAAGAUUCAAGAAGCGUACAGCUUCAUCGUUGACAAUUACCAACCCGGCGACGAACUCUUCUUGUUUGGCUUUUCCAGAGGAGCCUACACGGCAAGGUGCAUCACUGGUUUCAUCAACUGGUGCGGUGUGUUGUCCAAGGUCGAGAUGACGCACUUUGCCGACAUUUGGGCUGCUUAUCAACGACGUGAUCCGGACGAUGUGGCGAGUGAAUCGGCUGCAGCAGAGGUGUUGUAUGCUGCUACGCAGAAGUACCCUAGCGUGGAGAGCGAAGGUUUGGCGACGAGCACCUACCACUUCAACCUCGCACAGAACAAGAAGCUCGACGAACAGACCCGAUGCGACCUCAGAGAGGUGCGACGAAAGGAGCUCGCCGAACGACGCAGACACGUUCAAGUCGUUCCACCACAGAUCAAGGUGGUCGGUGUCUGGGACACAGUCUCGGCGCUCGGCUUUCCAGGCAUGUUCCAGGACAAUUCGAUGAUUGACUUCUUUGACUUUUACGACCCUGGUCUUGGCAGCAACAUUCAGUUCGGCUUCCACGCACUCAGCUUGGAAGAGGACAGAAAGGAUUUCCUCCCCACCCUGUGGUACCAGCCCAGCGUCAACGACACACCCAACACUUCCGCCGAACUUGGCGUUCGAGGCAAGCAUAUGCGAUCCAAACAGCUGCUCAAACAGUGUUGGUUCCAAGGCGUUCAUACUGACUGUGGUGGUGGAUACCAGUUCCAUGGCCUGUCGGACAUCACCCUGAUUUGGAUGGUUUCGCAACUCGUUGAUCCACAGACGCUUCCGGAUGGAAGCACAACGCUUCGACCUCUGUUGAACAUCGACAUUGCUCUACUAGCAACCGUGCUGGAUCGUCGACGAGAAUGGGCGAUGCAGCUGCCGCACCGUUCGCGACCGACGCUGAAUUACCAGCACUACCGAACUUUCCACCAGAGCAAGUUCGAUCCGGAGACCAUGAAGCGCAGUGUGUGGGAAAACAUGGCUGUCACGGGACGAACCAACGAGAGCAUCCACGCCUCGGUGGUGCGAGGUGGUCGAAUUGAUCCCAAGACACAUCCGGCGUUCGCCCAAAUGCGCGAGGUAGAUCCGCAAGCACUGGAAAACAUGUGGAAGGAAGCGCAGGAUUGGGAGGCGGCUUUGAGGCCGACGGAGAAGCUGCUAUAUUGGGAUAAGAGGGCUCCGUAUCCGUGGAUCCCAGGUGUGGGUGAUGCGUACCUCAACCCGUUGCUGGCUCCGCUCAUGAUUAGCGGUGGAUGGUUCAUUCCUGAGUUGGAGGGCAAAGGUGUCAAGGAUGUGGUGAUCGAACUGGCUGAACAGAGGGUGGCGGCGGCCGAGUCGACUGUCGGCGACGCGCAAGCGCAAAACGACACCACAUCUCUGGAAGCCAAAGUUACCUCGACAGUGACGACUACCACUCGAACCACGACACGCACUUCCACAACUCUCACCAAGCCGCUUCCCUACAUCCCACUCAUCCCGGCCAAAGAGCUCGGCGAAAACCCGAUCGACCCACAAGCACAUCCUCACCUGUACACGUUCUGGUCGCACCUCUACACGGUCUCGCGCCUCCCGAAUGCGCUCAUCACGUACCUGUGCAACUUUUCCUUCAUCAGCAACGCCAAUCUCAGACCGACCCAGCUACAGGAUUGGUUGUGGGCGCUCGGCGAUAAGCUCGGAGGCUACGAUGAUGCACUCAAGACCCAAGCGCUGUUGGCAGGCUUGCCCAAGCGUGCCAAGAAAGACGCACAGCCUAAGGAUGGUAAGCUCGCUAAGAAGCCGAAAGUGGAUGUCCCGGAGACCUUCUAG